UUCGCCUUCUCGAAGAACUAUAACAUUCAAUUGAGUUUUGUAAGAUCAGCAAAAAUGGUCAACAUCUUCAUCACAGGAGCUACAGGCUACAUUGGCGGCGACACUCUGUACGAACUCUACAACAAGCACCCUGAGUACUCAUACACUGCUCUGGUACGCACAGAGGAGAAGGGAAAGUCUGUCACCGACAAAUUCCCCAAAGUCAAGACUGUUCAGGGAGACAAUGAUAGCGGUGACUUGCUGAAGGAGGAGGCUUCCAAGGCUGAUAUUGUCAUUCACACUGCGGAUGCCUCGGAUCAUGAAGGAGCUGCAAAGUCCAUUGCCGAAGGUCUCGCCUCUGGUCACAGUGCCUCAAAGCCCGGAUACUGGCUUCACACUGGUGGUACUGGCAUCCUGACCUACUUUGAUUCAUCCGCCGACAAGUUUGGCGAGCACACCGAUAAGGUCUUUGACGAUCUGGAUGGUGUAGCCGAAUUGAUCAACUUGCCUCAGGAGGCUUUCCACAAGAACGUGGAUCAGAUUGUCAUCAACGCAGGCACAAACGCAUCAGGUGCCGUCAAGACCGCUAUUGUCUGCCCUCCCACCAUCUACGGUGAUGGCCGUGGCCCUUCCCUCACUCGUGGCCGUCAAGUCUACGAGCUCGCCAAGAGUGUCCUCGAGAUCCAGGCCGCCCCUGUCAUUGGUGGCGGUGAGGCAAUGUGGAAUAACGUCCACGUGCACGAUUUGUCCCGCGCCUUCGUCCUCCUCGUCGAGGAAGCCGCAAAGAAUAACACCGACACCAAGCUCUGGGGCAGCAACGGCUACUACUUCACCGAGAACGGCGAGCACGUCUGGGGAGAGCUGAGCAAAGUUGUUGCUGAGAGUGCCAAGGAGCAAGGUCUGCUCAAGGAAGUCAAGACGGAGCAGAUGGAUAUGGAGACUGCCAAGAAGACUGCUGGCUUUGAGGCUGUGAGUUGGGGAUGGAACUCUAGGGGUAAGGCUAGAAGAUUCAAGGAGCUGCUUGGAUGGAAGCCUCAGGAGAGAAGCAUUGAGGAUGAGGUGCCGACGAUUGUCAAGAAUGAGCACGAGAGGCUUCAGCAGGAGAAGAAGUAGGCGCUAAUGCUUGC